GGUUACAGGACCCCUGACCCUCUGUCUGGACAGUGCUGAUUGGCCCUGUGCUGAUCACGUGCACCCUCUCAAAGAAAAAAAAACUCCCUAGCAAUACACACCAAACGGAGCAUGUGCAGACUUGCCCCCAAGGCUCUGCUCUAUCAGCAGAUGGAUUGGGGGUGGAAGAAGGGGAGGAUCAGAGAAGACAGGAUAAAACAUCCUUUUUACACAAUGUGGAGGAUUAACCCCUUAGGUUCCACGGUGAGUAUAUCAAGCAUGCUUUACAGCAUAUACAGACUGAUUUUACUGUUGUGGGUUUAG